UUGCAGAUGCUGUGCUCGUGAAAGCAGAAAGGAUUCUCUACAGGAGCGCUUAAAGAGUAACUCUGGUUAAACUCAGCAGGAAUGGAGCUCAGUUCUGUCCUUAUUAAAGUCUUGUUUGUCUUCAUGUGUAGUUUUCUUCAGACAUCUGCAGUCACACACUCUCUGCAGUACAUCAAUACUGCAGUUACACCAGGAAUAAAUUUCCCAGAAUUCACCAUUGUGGGUCAGGUGGAUGGACAACAGUUUAACUACUACGACAGUAACAUCAAGAGUAUGAUCCCGAAGACGGAGUGGAUACAGACGUUUGUGGAAGAAAAUUACUGGAGCAGUGAGACACAGAUCAGUCAGGGUACUGAGGAGACCUUCAAAGUCAAUGUUGGUACACUGAUGCAGCGCUUUAAUCAGUCAAAAGGAGUUCACACACUGCAGUGGAUGUAUGGCUGUGAGCUGGAUGAUGACGGCACCACUAGAGGAUACACACAGUACGGUUAUAAUGGAGAAGAUUUUAUCAUUUUUGAUAUGAAAACUCUGACCUGGGUCGCUCCGACACCUCAGGCUCUGAUCACUAAGAACAAGUGGGAUCCUGAUAGUAAAAGGAAUAAUAAACUGAAGGGCUAUUUUGAGAACACGUGUAUUGACUGGAUAAAGAAUUACGUGUCUUAUGGCAGGGAGACUCUGGAGAGGAAAGUUCGUCCUGAGGUGUCAGUGUUCCAGAUAGACUCUCCUUCUCCAGAGGUGGUGUGUCACGCUACAGGUUUCUUCCCCAAAGCAGUGAUGAUCACCUGGCAGAAGGACGGAGAGGACGUGUAUGAGGACGAGGAACUCUGGGAGACAUUACCCAACCAGGAUGGAAGUUUCCAGAAGAGAAUCAUUCUGAAAGUCCCAGCUGAGGAGCUGCAGAAACACACCUACACCUGCGUGGUUCAGCACAGCAGCUUGGAGAAGGAGUUAGUGCGAGAAGUACCAAAAGUCACACACUCUCUGCAGUACAUAUACACUGCAGUUACACCAGGAAUAAAUUUCCCAGAAUUUACCAUUGUGGGUCAGGUGGAUGGACAGCAGUUUAACUUUUACCACAGUAAAAUCAGGAGAAUGAUCCCAAAAACAGAGUGGAUACUGAAGAAUGAUGCUAAAGAUCCAGAGUACUGGAACAGAAACACACAGAUUGCUCAGGAUUCUCAGGAGAUCUUCAAAGUCAAUGUGGGUACAGCAAUGCAGCGUUUUAAUCAGACAAAAGGAGUUCACACAGUUCAGCUGAUGUACGGUUGUGAGCUGGAUGAUGACGGCACCACUAGAGGAUACACACAGUACGGUUAUGAUGGAGAAGAUUUUAUCAGCUUUGAUCUGAAGACUCUCACCUGGAUCGCUCCGACACCUCAGGCUCUGAUUACCAAGAACAAGUGGGAUCCUGAUACAGAAUAUAAUAAGGGCAGGAAGAACUAUCUAAAGAACACCUGCAUAAAAUGGUUAAAGAAGUAUGUGUCUUAUGGCAGAGAGACUCUGGAGAGGAAAGUUUGUCCCAAGGUGUCAGUGUUCCAGAAACAUUCUCCUAGUUCAGAGGUGGUGUGUCACACUACAGGUUUCUUCCCCAAAGCAGUGAUGAUCACCUGGCAGAAGGACGGAGAGGACGUGUAUGAGAAUGUGAAGAUCAGUGAGACGUUACCCAACCAGGAUGGAAGCUUCCAGAGGAGAAGCAUUUUGAAAGUCCCAGCUGAGGAGCUGCAGAAACACAUCUACACCUGCGUGGUUCAGCAUAGCAGCUUAUGGGAGGAGUUAGUGCGAGAAGUACCAAAAGACUCUUCUGCUGUGCUUCUUAACCUCAUCACAGUGGUUGGUGCCAUGGGUGGGAUUAUUUUUUGUGUCUUGAUUUUUAGGCACCAAAAAAUACACAGAGGUGUUGAGGCAGAAGAUAAUGAGUUCUCUGAGAAGAAGAUGCUCAAGAGGAUGUAUGAUCAACAGGAUUAUUCAUAUGUAGUGUAUUCUCCUGUCAGUCAAUAACACAGCAGUGUGUGUACUGUACAUCAUAUCACACAUUAUUUAAUCUUUAUUAACCUGUAACAGAUGUUAAUCAUGUGUGCAGUGGAAGGAAUUCUAACAUUUCUAACAUCACAUGCUAUGGGCACAUGUUUCAGUCACUAAUGGUAUAGUGUGUGAAAACUUUAUUCCUUUUUCUCAUUAAGUGCAUUUUUUUGUCUUUUAUUUGGAUACAUUUUUUUAUUUUAUUAGUUACAGGAAGUCCCUUUUUAAAUUUUAAUUGAUUUCUUUAUAUUUUGAAGUCUGAGUGGGUAAUGUGUGUCACUUGUAGAAAAUAAUUGACUUAGUUGUGUGCUGUUCAUGGAAAAUAAAUCAACAGCAGUGUGGUGUUUACGUACAAUACAUUUAUGCCUCAAGCUGGGAUUAUCAUCCAGAUGGAUAAAAGAAAACUAUAAAAAAUUGUAAAAAAUAAGUAAUUAUUGAU